GAGUAACGCCCGGCGCGGACUUCGCUCCAAAAAUUUCGAUUGAGUCAAGACGCUGGGUAGAUUUUCACCAAUUGAGCCUGCUCAACACACCGUACGGACUUGAGGAUUGCCGGUUCUGGUCAGAGGGCUCUCGGGUUCUCGUUGACGAUCAGAAAAAUGGCCUCCCGCGCUCUUUCUCAGGCCACAUCGGCAUCCUACCGAACCAUCGCCGCAGCUGCUCUGUCAUCAACACCCCAAAUCUCCGCGAGAUGGAGUUCGAGCAGCAGCGCAAUCUCAGCCAUUGCCUAUAAGGCUCUGCGCCGUCGCUCAGCUCCUCUCCCUGUCAGUGAUGCGCCAUCAUCAUGGUCAGCUCAAGCUGCCGUGUCAAACAUCCUCUACGAAACCCCGACACCUUCCACUGCCCCACCCAAGCGCCACGUCCUCAACUGCUUGGUCCAGAACGAGCCUGGUGUGCUUUCUCGAGUCUCUGGUAUUCUUGCAGCUCGCGGCUUCAACAUUGACUCUUUGGUCGUCUGCAAUACCGAGGUUGAUGACUUGUCCCGGAUGACCAUCGUGCUCACCGGCCAGGACGGCGUCGUCGAGCAAGCCCGAAGACAAUUGGAGGAUCUGGUGCCUGUGUGGGCUGUGCUGGACUACACAAAUGCUGCUCUUGUGCAGCGAGAACUUCUGCUUGCCAAGAUCAACAUUCUCGGACCUGAAUACUUCGAGGAGCUACUAGCGCACCAUCGUGAGAUCACCGCUGUUGAGGAGACCGAGGGUGGCCACGAGGGGUCGGACCGCACCCUAGGAGAUAUUGCUGAGGACUUCCAUCCGAGCAAGCUUGUUGCAAGCCAAGCGCUUCGGCACAAGCAUGAGCAUCUGAAGUCUCUUACCUUCUUUGCUCACCAGUUCGGUGGCAAGAUGCUGGAUAUCAGCACCAACAGCUGUAUUGUUGAGAUAUCUGCGAAACCCGUUAGAAUCGACUCGUUCCUGAAGCUCAUUUCUCCUUUUGGCAUCUUGGAAUCGACGCGGACUGGUCUGAUGGCAUUGCCCCGCUCUCCGUUGUACGGGCCUGGAGAUGAGGAUACCCACGUGAAGGAAGCUGACGAGGUGGUCGACGCCAGCCAGUUGCCUCCCGGUUAGACGUGGUGUUUCCCUCAAUCUUUGGCGUUGGCGGCCGGUUUGGGCAAAAUUUGUUUGUAAACACCACAUCUAGUGCAAACUACAUCACUUUGGCAUGGAGUAGCUGCACUUCAAAGAUUGCGCACAUUGGGAUAAUAGCAAUCGUGAUGAGAUAAACGUAAUUUUCAUUUUGCAUUCAUCGCAACAUGAAUUGACAAAUUUUAAACUAAGAUUAGUCCAG